AUGCCAUUCUGUCCCCAUAACCCGUAUCUGCGGCCACCACCGACCCUCUUCCUCCACCGUUCGAUAACACGGCUCCAUAUCAGCCACUUCUCGUCCACGGUCAUCCGCGCUGCGAGCCAGACGCACUAUGAAACCCUCGGCGUGCCGGUCAGCGCGACGACAGACGAGAUCAAGAAAAAGUUCUAUGCCCUCUCCCUAGCCCACCACCCAGACAGAAACAAGGAUCCCAGCGCGACGGAUAAAUUCUCCUCUAUAUCUUCCGCGUACCACGUCCUUGCCAACCCUACAAAGCGCGCCCGGUAUGAUCGAGAGCACGACAUUCGCAUCCCUACCGCCCAGGGCGCCACCAGGCCUGGAACCGGUAGUUUCUCAUCAGCAUCGUCUGGAAGCUCUCAAUUUGGUUCGCGGCCUGCGUCUGGCCUGAGUAAACGCCGUGGAACGUUCAAAGGGCCUCCGCCGAGUUUCUACGCAAAUGGCGGGUACGGUACUAGCUAUAGACAACAUCAACAACCUCAAGACCACCAGCAGCACCAGCAUCGAUCGCAUCAGGAACAUCCCUCCUCGACAUAUCCUCAAUACCAUGAUUCUGACGUUCCGCAUUUUGAUGCCUGGUCUCAUCGACGGACUCAGUCGUAUGAAGACAUGAGACGGCGGAUGAGACGGGUUAGAUUUAUGGAAGAAGAGAAGAAGCGAGCUGCCGCCGAGGGAGCGGCGUCUGGUGGCGGAUAUGAUGGAGGGAGUAUGACUGUUAGAUUUUUGGUGAUAUCGGGGAUUUUGGUGGUGUCUAUGCUCAGUGCGAGCCUUGGGAGGUCGAGAGAAAAGGACCCAGGAUUACGAGAGUUAGCUGCGAGCCAGAACCGGUCGAGGUCAUCGUCGGAGUAG